UAUUUAUUUCUCCCCUGUUUUCCAGGGUUUCACUGAUUCAAAGCUUUCUCCUCCUCCUUCUUUCUUUAUAAACCAAAAAAAAAAAAAAAAAGUUUUCUCUUUUGCUUGUCUCUUCACCCAUUUGAUUUCUUCCCUUUUCUGUUGCUGCCCAAAAAAAUUGUUUACAGACCCUUUUGUUGAACUCAAGUUCAUGUCUAAUCUGUAUAAUCACAACUUGAAUUUCUCACCUGCAAGAGCUGUUUCUCCUCAUAUAAGAACCAACCAAGAUGUUGAUAGUCAGUACUUGACAGAGCUGUUAGCAGAAAGGCAGAAACUUGGACCCUUUACACAAGUUCUUCCAAUCUGCAGCCGACUCUUGAAUCAAGAAAUACUUAGACUUUCCGGAAUGAUUCCCAAUCAAGUACUCAGUGACUAUGACAGACUACAACGUGGAAGCCCUAGUCCUGUGGGUUCAAUUGACAUGAUGCAACAUGUUGGAGGAAAAGGUUUAGGUGGCUGGAACGGGAAUGGAUGGAACGCCUUUCAAGAGCAAAGAUUAGGUGGACCACAGGGAAGGCCCAUCGACUGGCAAGCUUCACCAGGAAGUCCAAGUUCAUUUGUUGUGAAGCGGGUGUUGCGUUUGGAUAUACCUGUGGACAGAUAUCCGAAUUUCAACUUUGUUGGACGGCUUUUAGGACCUCGAGGUAAUUCUCUGAAGCGAGUGGAAGCAUCUACUGGAUGUCGCGUAUUUAUCAGAGGAAAGGGUUCAAUAAAAGAUGCUGAAAAAGAGGAGAGUCUGAGAGGCCUUCCAGGUUAUGAGCACCUCAAUGAGCCACUGCAUGUUCUACUUGAGGCAGAAUUACCCAUCAAUAUAGUUGAUGUACGAAUGAAACAAGCUAGCCAAAUUAUUGAAGAGUUGCUCAGACCUGUGGAUGAGUCGCAGGACUUAUAUAAAAGGCAACAGCUUAGAGAGCUUGCUUUGCUGAAUAACAAUUUCAGAGAAGAGAGCCCCCAACCAAGGGGUAGUCUAUCUCCUUUUAGUUCAAGCGGGAUGAAACGAGCAAAAACUGGUUGGUGAUGAGUGCUAUGGUAUGCACAGCUGCUUCGCAUCUCCAGACAGGAGGAUGCUAAUCUGCACCUAAAUACAGCGCGCUUUUGUGGCCUUAACGUGGUGAAAAUAGUAAGUGACAAAAGGAAACAUAGCAGAUUGAAGAAAACCUCAAAACUGAUUUUGUUGACUGUAGUUGUUUGUUGUUGAAGUAGAAUGAUUAUUUGAUUUAUUUGUUCUUGACAGCUAGUUGACAAGGGUGAUUUCCUUUCCUUUUUGGGAUUUGUAACUUAUAAUUUACUUCAUCCUUCGUUAAAUAUAGAUUGCUAUAUGUAAAUCCCAUGAUAUGGAUUUAAGACCAUGUUAUCUCUAUAACUGCUGGAGCUACCGUUCACUCCA